UUCGCACCAUGGUCUACAAUCAUUAAGAACAUAAUCGACGUGGUGUUACAAAGAAAACAUGGCACUGAAUUGAUUCUCGAUCUUUACAAAGAAUUUCCCGAAGCUAAAUAUUUUGGCAUGUUUGGGGCGACCAUGACACCGUCGAUAUUCAUACGCGAUCCAGAGUUGAUCAAAGCAAUUGGUAUAAAAAAUUUUGAGAGUUUCCAAAAUCACAACGUCAUCUUCGAUGGUAAAUCAGAUCCACUUCUCGGUGGGAAUUUGGCAAGUCUAGUUGACGAUCAUUGGCGAGAAACUCGAAGUAUGCUCAGUCCAUCAUUCACUUCAAGUAAAAUAAAGUCGAUGUACCCGUUAAUGGUUGAAAUCGCCAACAAUCUUGUCGAAUACAUGUCUGGAUUGACGAGAGAUAAUGACACGAUGGUUGAUAUAAAAGAUUUGUUCACAAAGUAUACCAACGAUGUUAUCGCUAUUUGCGCUUUUGGCCUUGAUGUAGAUUCGUUCAAAAAUCCAAAUAACGAGUUCUACGUUUAUGGAAGAAAAAUUAGUAAUUUUGAAAACCAGAAGUUAUUAGUAAGGAUAAAAAUAUACAUGGCAGCGCUAUUCCCGAAACUUGUAAAGAUAUUCAAGAUAAAAUUUGUCGACGAGAACGUAGCCAAUUUUUUCAAGAGUACAAUAGCAGAUGUGGUAAAAACUCGAGACGAUAAGGGAAUCAAUCGACCGGAUAUGAUCCAAUUGAUGAUGAAUGCACGAAACACGGACAAGAAGCACCUCAAAUUAGAUAUUGACGAGAUGUCCGCACAAGCUUUCAUCUUUUUCCUUGCUGGCUUCGAAACUACUUCGACGCAAAUGUGUCUUUUAGCUUAUCAACUUGCUAUAUAUCCCGACAUCCAGAAACGACUUCAAAAUGAAAUCGAUCAAGUUAUGGAGAAGACGGCAGGUGAUCCUUCGUACGAAGCGAUUCAAGAAAUGCAGUACCUCGAUGCUGUUUUCAACGAGUCCUUGAGAAGGGAUACUCAAGCUACUUGCAUAGACCGAGUAUGCAAUAAACCCUUCGAGCUACCUCCGGCGCUGCCAGGAGCAAAACCGUUCGUCAUUUCGAAAGAUAUGAUCGUUGGGUUUUCAGGUAGGUGCACACAUUGGGAUUCAAAGUAUUACGAGGAUCCCGAAAAAUUUGAUCCAGAUCGUUACUACCGGAAAAAAGUCAGUAUUAACGAUGAACUAAAUCUUGGCUUUGGAAUAGGACCGAGAAUGUGUAUUGGCAAUCGAUUUGCCAUUGUGGAAACGAAAAUUUUGUUAUUCCACGUACUAAAGAAAUUUAGAAUAAUUCCUACUGCAGCAACACGUUCACCCUUAAAGUAUGAUAAAUCGAAAUGGGGCAUAGUCCCGGAAGGCGGAUAUUGGUUAAAGAUAAAACCCCGUUCAGUAGUGCGAGCAGUACCGGUGUUACAUUGGCUAGUUUCUGCAAUACUUGAAUCGAGCGUGCAGUGCACAAUGGAACUCAUAGCCUGUUCCUUGAUAGUGGUUAUCAUUUGCGCGUUGUAUUAUUACGCAGAAAAAAAGCUCAACUAUUUCAAAGAUCGAAAUGUGCCUUACGCACCGGGAUUGCCAAUACUCGGCAACAUGGCAAAAUUUCUGUUUCGUCGACAACACUUUACCGAAAUGAUGCUCGAUAUUUACAGAAUGUAUCCAGAAGCUAAGUACGUCGGAGCAUUUGAUUUCGGCAUGCGACCGGUGAUUCUGCUCCGAGAUCCAGAGUUGAUCAAAACUGUGACUAUCAAAAACUUUGAUUCUUUUCCAAAUCAUUAUGUGGUAUUCGAUGAAAAAUUGGAUCCGCUUUUCGGUGGAAAUUUGCUAAAUAUGGUGGACGAUCAAUGGCGAGAAGCCAGGAAUUUACUGAGUCCUGCCUUCACUUCUAGCAAAAUGAAGAGUAUGUUUCAGCUGAUGCUUGAAUGUGCUAAGAAUUUCAGCAAUCACUUGAGCGAAUUAGCAGAAAAGAGCAGGCAAGUAAUAGACAUGAAAAAUCUUUUCACGAGAUAUACCAACGACGUGAUUGCCACUUGUGCUUUUGGCAUCAGCGUGGAUUCACUGAAAAAUCCGAAAAACGAUUUCUAUUUGUUUGGAAAGAAAGCUAUUAACUUUGAAAAUUUUAGCAUGUGGAAAUUUUUCAUCGCCAAUACAUUUCCGAAACUCCUGAAAGUACUCGGUAUAAGAUUUAUUGACAAAGGUACUGCUAAAUUUUUCACGAAUGUCAUAGAUGAAAUGGUGCGUACGCGCGACGAACACGGAAUCAGCAGACCAGACAUGAUUCAAUUAAUGAUGAACGCUCGAGAGACGGAAAAAAAAUAUCUCAAGCUGGACAUUAACGAGAUGACUGCUCAAGCUUUUAUUUUCUUUCUUGCUGGUUUUGAAACUACCUCAACGCAGAUGUGCCUCUUGACGCAUCAAUUAGCCAUCAAUCCUGAUAUUCAAGACCGUCUGCAAAACGAGAUCGAUCAAGUUUUGGAAGAAACUGGAGGCAAUCCAUCGUACGACGCAAUCCAGGGGAUGCCAUACCUAGAUGCAGUUUUUAAUGAAUCGAUACGACGAGACACUCAAGCUCUCUUGUUAGAUCGAGUGUGUAUUAAGCCGUUUGAAUUACCACCAGCUUUACCGGGUACCGAACCCUUCGUUAUUCCAAAAGGCAUGAGGAUUUGGAUUUCAGGAACGGGCAUUCACUUAGAUCCAAAAUACUACGAGAAUCCCGAAAAAUUCGAUCCAGAACGUUAUUAUCAGAAAAAAGUGAGCAUCAACGAUGAGAUGAAUCUUGGUUUUGGAAUUGGACCGAGGAUGUGUAUUGGCAAUCGAUUUGCCAUUUUGGAAACGAAAAUUUUAUUGUUCUAUGUACUCAGUAAAUUUAGUUUAAUACCCACUGCAACAACGUGUUCACCUUUGAAAUAUGAUAAAUCCAAGUUGGGUAUGGUUGCAGAAGGAGGAUAUCGUUUGGAAAUAAGGCCUCGUUCUCAAUAGC